AUGAACAGAGCAUUUACUCAAAACAAAUCAAUAUUCGUGAGACUGUCGAAACAGUUUCAUUCAUUCAAUGUAGCGUCUCGAUCUCUUAUACCUUCCGUUAGAUCAUGCGCAAACAAUGGAAGACUGCUACCAUCGUCACAAUUAGUGUCUUCAACUAAGGAACUUCGCCAUAUUAGAACGCGUGCACCUGGAACCGAGCAAAACAACACUCGUCCAGAAAACGAUAGAUCUGAAAAUGGUGAGCAACAUGAGGAUGGCAAGAAAAGCUCAGAAUCUGAAGGAAAGCAACCACCAAAGCUUGAUCCAGCUACUGUAAAAAAGUUGAGAAUGUAUGUUUUGGUUGUAGCCGGCUUAUCGUUUGUAUCAUCUUUUUUGAUACUAGCGACUAUGUUUAAAGAUGGAAGUGGUGUUCCAGAUGGUCUUAGUUCGGAUCAUUUGACGAGACCUGGCAUCGAUUUCAGGACCUUUGUCGAUCGCUACUUGAAAACAGGAGAGGUACGAAAUAUCUUAUUCUGUCCAGCUCAGCAACGUGCUAUCGCUUUUCUUCAUGACGGAGCCGUCAUAGAUGGCAAACCAACUACAGAUAAUGUAGUUGUCGUUUCUUAUGCGCAGAAUGCUCAACAGUUUUGGGCUGAUAUCAGGAAAGAGGAAGCUCUAAUUGGUAUUUCAUUAAGCAAUGGAGUGAAAAUUGACCUUUAUCAAGGUUUAACCACAAUUAAGGUCGUUGAAUUAUUCUUGGGUCUUUUCAUUCUGGCCUUCUUAGGCACGCAAUACGGGAGACUUCUUCGCCAACGGAUACUAAAAAACAAAGCAGGAAAAGGACCGUCAUCGUCAGAAAAGGCUUAA